UUGGUGGCUCAGACGUGCACCGUUGUCUGGCUUGUUCCCUGCUUUUGCCAUGUAAUGGUACUUGUAACCCUAAAGUGGUGGCGUUUCUAAGCAACCAGUGAAGUGAAGGCUCAACCAAGGAUUUAUAAGCACUUGAUUCACAGCGAUUUAUUUGGUGGAAGAAUGUUGAUCACCUUUAAAACCAGCAGAGCAAGUGCUGUGUCUCUUCAAACCGCACUAACUUGUCAGGGGAGGAUAAGAGACGCAGAUACAGUGAGUCUUCUCAGUUGCCUUUACCUGCUGGGACAUGAAGGGGAUGCUGGAGACGUUCACUGUCGGCCCCGUGGCGGUCGACACAGCGUCUGAAGUCACGACUCUUCUGCUGCUUCUGCUGCUUCUGUCGUUGCUUCUCUUCACCACCUGGAGACGAACACAUCAUUCACACAUACCAGGUCCUUCCUUCAUGGCAGGACUCGGCCCGAUUUUCUCCUAUACAAGAUUCAUCUGGACUGGAAUCGGCACAGCGAGCAACUACUACAACAACAAAUACGGCAGCAUUGUCCGGGUUUGGAUCAACGGAGAGGAGACCCUCAUUCUGAGCAGGUCGUCUGCGGUGUACCACGUUCUGAGAAGCGCCCACUACAUGUCCAGAUUUGGGAGCAAGAAAGGGCUCGAAUGUAUCGGCAUGCAAGGGAGGGGGAUCAUCUUCAACAGUGAUAUUCCUCUGUGGAAAAAAGUGAGGACGUAUUUCUCUAAAGCUCUGACGGGCCCCGGCCUUCAGAGGACUGUGGGAAUCUGCGUGAGCGCCACAGCCAAACACCUGGACAGCCUGCAGGACAUGACCGACCCCUCUGGACAUGUGGACGCCCUCAAUCUCCUGAGAGCCAUCGUGGUGGACAUCUCCAACAGGAUGUUCCUCAGGGUGCCACUAAACGAGAAGGACCUGCUGAUGAAAAUCCACAACUACUUUGAGACCUGGCAAACAGUUCUAAUAAAGCCUGAUAUAUUCUUCAGGAUGGGAUGGCUGUACAACAAGCAUAAGAGAGCAGCUCAAGAGCUGCAGGAUGUGAUGGAGAGCCUGCUGGAAACUAAAAGAAAGAUCAUUAAUGAAGCCGAGAAGCUGGAUGAUGAGCUUGACUUUGCAACGGAGCUCAUCUUUGCCCAGAACCACGGAGAGCUUUCGGCAGAUGACGUCCGGCAGUGUGUGCUGGAGAUGGUGAUUGCAGCCCCUGACACACUUUCCAUCAGCCUCUUCUUCAUGCUGAUGCUGCUGAAACAGAACCCAGACGUAGAGCUGCAGAUAGUGGAGGAGAUGAACACUGUCCUGAGUGAGAAAGCUGUGGAGAAGAUUGACUAUCAACGUCUGAUAGUGCUAGAGAGCUUCAUCAACGAGUCUCUGAGGUUCCAUCCUGUGGUCGAUUUCACGAUGCGGAAAGCUCUGGAAGACGACGACAUCGAAGGCACCAAGAUCAGGAAAGGAACCAACAUAAUUCUCAACACUGGUCUCAUGCAUAAGACUGAAUUCUUCCCCAAACCAACAGAGUUCAGCCUGACGAACUUUGAAAAAACAGUACCCAGUCGUUUUUUCCAACCCUUCGGCUGUGGGCCUCGCUCUUGCGUGGGCAAACACAUCGCCAUGGUGAUGAUGAAGGCCAUCCUGGUCUCCUUGUUGUCUCGCUACACGGUGUGCCCACGCCAAGGCUGCACCCUUGACAGCAUCAGGCAGACCAACGACCUGUCGCAGCAGCCCGUGGAGGACGAGCACAGCUUGGCCAUGCGCUUCAUCCCUCGAACAACGCAACCUCAGCACAGUCGGCUCUGAAACACGACGACACUUUCACAUUCUGGAGGAAAGCGUAUUAGCGUUGCUUAUGUUGAAGGGAUACUAGUCAACUCACUCCCCUGAAAGUCAUCCCCCAGAAAACUCACUCCCCAUAUGCUUAGGUUACUUAUCUAUAACUAGCUGAAAUCCAUGGAUGAUAUCCUUUUACACUGAAAGCUGAAAUACCCUAACCCUAACCCUAACCCUAACCCUAACCGGGGAGUGAGUUGUCCGGGGAAUGAGUUGACCAGGUACCUGUUGAAGUGAGUCGCUGCCAAACUGAAGGUGUUAGACCUGCUGGAAUGUAGAUACACUAUAUUGCCAAAAGUAUUCGCUCACCUGCCUUGACUCGCAUAUGAAUGUAAGUGACGUCCCAUUCCUAAUCCAUAGGGUUCAAUAUGACGUCGGUCCACCCUUUGCAGCUGUAACAGCUUCAUCUCUUCUGGGAAGGUUGUCCACAAGGUUUAGGAGUGUGUUUAUGGGAAUUUUUGACCAUUCUUCCAGAAGCACAUUUGUGAGGUCACACACUGAUGUUGGACAGAAGGCCUGGCUCUCAGUCUCCGCUCUAAUUCAUCCCAAAGGUGUUCUAUCGAGUUGAGGUCAGGACUCUGUGCAGGCCAGUCAAGUUCAUCCACACCAGACUCUGUCAUCCAUGUCUUUAUGGACCUUGCUUUGUGCACUGGUGCACAGUCAUGUUGGAAGAGGAAGGGGCCAGCUCCAAACUCUCCCCCCAAAGUUGGUAGUAUGCAAUUGUCAAAAAUGUCUUGGUAUGCUGAAACAUUCAGAGUUCCUUUCACUGGAAAUAAGGGGCCAAACCCAGCUCCUGAAAAACAAGCCCACACCAUAAUCCCUCCUCCACCAAACUUUACAUUACAACUUGGUGGCUGAGUUGCUGUCUUUCCCACACAUUUCCACUUUCUUUUACUACAGCUGACAGUUGACUGUGGAAUAUUUAGGAGUGAGGAAAUGUCACGACUGGAUUCGUUGCACAGGUGGCAUCCCAUCACAGUUCCACGCUGGAAUUCACUGAGCUCCUGAGAGCGACCCAUUCUUUCACAAAUGUUUGUCAAAGCAGUCUGAAUGUCUAGGUGCUUGAUUUUAUACAACUAUGGCCAUGGAAGUGAUUGGAACACCUGAUUCUGAUUAUUUGGAUGGGUGAGUGAAUACUUUUGGCAGUAUAGUGUAUUAUCUCGCCAAGAAAAAAAAUCCUUAUACUAUGGACUAACACUAACAAGAAAUUUGUAUUAACACAACAAAUGUUUUGCUAACUUUGACACGACUAAACAACUUUAAACAGUUGAAGGUUCAAGCUGAUGCAGAGCAGAGAAAGUGCAGACGUCUGGCCCAUUUCAUAAAAUGUAGAAGCACAAAGAUGAUAUUGGUAAAGAUUAUGUUUUGUUGUCUCCAUGUCAAAAAAUAUUAACCAUGACAUCAGAAUCAUGAAGGAGUCCUGACAUCCCUCUGCAGGCAGUUUUCUCCUCAAAUCCAGCGAGUCUCGGGGUGAGAAUAAUGACCUGUCAGUCAGAAGUGAAGAAACCUCUUGGAUGAGAGAUGAAAUGUCCUCAAAAAUCAAAAACAAAAGUCUAGGUCCUUUCUACUGAGGCCUGCAUGACUUAGAACCUGUAGGGGGAAUUGGUCCAAUGAUUUAAUAUUGAUUUAAUGAUGUGUGUGGUGUGUGGGAUAGCUGUAUGUUAUUGCCAUUCAAUUUUGGUUAUAUAGAAAUAAAAUUGCUAAUAAAGUAACCUUGUUCGGGGUGGGAUUAAAUAAGUUUUGUCUUCUUCCCACUCCCUUUCGAACAUAUAUGAUUUGUAAAUUUAUGUGAUGCCUUGUUUCAGCUGUGGUUUUAUUUUGUAUAAGCUGCAUUAGCUGUCUGUUAAUUUUAUGUUCGAAAUAAAUACUUUUCAUUUCAUUUCAUUUCAUUUUCAUUUCAUUUCAACCUACAGAGAUAAUAAACAUGAUCAAAACAGCUAAAAAUAUGCAUGUUUUAUGGUAGUACCAUCAACAAAGCAGUAAAAUAGACAAUAAAAUAUUAGAGAGGACAUUGUAGAACACUAUACAAAUGCCUGGCUGUGCAGGCAAAACAAGAAAAGUAUGGCCUGUUGUUGUUUCAAGCCUGGAUCAUGGAUUUAUUAACAGCAAUUGAUCUUCUGAUCCGAGUGCAGAAUAGCAAUAGUUCUGAGAUGCAGAGUGAAGCCAGACCAUGUAGAGAUUCAAAGGCAAUCAACAGAACCUGAAAUUGAAUUUCAGAACAAAUGAGGAGCCGGAGUAACUCAGCCAGGACAGGAAUAAUGUGUUUGCUGCAUCUACAGACUGAACAGUUUUUGCUGAUGCAUUUUGAACCAACUGGAAAAUGGAAAAUGCUGCAUUAUUUAGGAAAGAGAGAAAGAGAGACAAUUAGAGUGUGAAUGAGUUCUACAGGUAUGUUUUUGGGGAGGAUUGGUCUGACUUUGGCAAUAUUUACAAUUUGCAAAAAGCAGGACUACACAAAAGUCUGUUUGGAACAGCUACAUGACGUUCUCUGCUACUGAAGACACUGUUAAAGCAUUACUACUACAGAAUGGGUUGACUAAGUGAGACGACUGUUACAGCAGCAGAAGUGACUCAUAACAGCAAUAAUAAUGUGCCACAUGAAUUGUUUACUAUACAUACAGUCUGUUUUUGCUUUACCUUGGUACUUUUUUUUUUUCUUUCUAUCAACUUAGCAGCACGGUACAGUGAUCAGAGCAACUAAACACUAGAAUUUGAGCAAACAUUGGAAUGUACUAAAUUAUAGCUAAAUUAGUGUGAUAUAUGCUAAAAAGGUUUCCUGUUAACUCCUGUUAAAUGUGGACUGUACUAAAGGGACAGUCAAUAAAUGUGGAAAAAUGUUAUGGAAAUAUAUUUUUAUUUGCUGUGUGCUUAAAAAAUGCAUUUCAGGCUACUUUAGGCACAUUUCUGGUAUUUUCUUAGGAUAUAGAAGUACUAUGUCUUUCUAAACAAAUCAUGUUUACACCUAAGCAGAGCCUUUAGCUGCAAUAACAGUGAUAAUAAACCUCUACUUUAGCAAAGAAAACAUGAGCGAUGCAAUAAAAAGGAGUGGCGUCCACUGCUUAAAUACAGUCUUUGUGCCCUCUGAAGAGCAAAAAACCCAGACAUUGACAAAGUGUGAGAUGCAUGGCAGGUUGGUUCUUCGUGUAAAACAGAUUUUUUGUUGAAAAUUCAAUAAAGCUGCUCUAUUUUAGAGACUCAGUGGAGGUGGGUCAUUUUUUACCCCGAGGACAAAGGGGAGUGCACAGGAUCUUAAGACAACACGAGGGUUUAAGUAAAUAAAGCUUAUUCAAUAAAUAUUCUGGAAAUGAUGUAUAACAACAGAAUUACAUAGAUCAGUGUAAGAGGAAAGAACAACAGAAACCAUUUUCUGUUUCUAUUUUCAUAAUCUCCCUCUGUGUUUCACAUUCGUUACAUCUGUUUAUUUGCAUUUAAAGCCUAUACAAUGGUCUUUACUGAAUGAAUAAUGACUGAGUCAGAGCGAGGUGAAUUUACAUGUGUUGAAUUUAUUCAUAAUUUAGCAGAAUGUAGUGACAGGCACUCCAAGAAACAAAGAUUUUUCGCUGUACCACAGGCACAAAUCAAACACGCCAUCUCGGCAUUAGAACAUAAGGCGUAGGGCAAAAGUUGAGUUUCAGAAACGUAACGCUGCGAUUCAAAUCAGGUCACAACAAGGAAAUUCUUCCCUUCAAGCUCAACUUUAAAAAAAAAAAAAAAAAAAAGAAA